CCUUGCAAUGAAUCUAUCGCAUUGAAAGGCAGGCUCUUUAAACACAUGCACAGACAACUCAGCAUAUGCUACUAAGCACUUUGUUGAUAUUUAUUGUAGGCGUCGCACAUGUACUAAGAGUGGGUCUGCUGGCUUAGAGUCUAAAGGGUGAACAGCAAAGAUCACACACACAGCUCCCAGACAAGAUGAUGAACGGAUUUUCCACCGAAGACUUACACCGGGAAACCGGAUCAGAGCUGGCCUCCCCGACUGCAGCAGUGACACCCGUCACGGGUGUGGGUCCCACUAAUGGGCAGCUCUGCUGUCUGAGGGAUGAAGGAGAGAGGUGCAGCCGACCUGCGGGCAAUGCCAGCUUCAGCAAGAGGAUCCAGAAAAGCAUUGCCCAGAAAAAAGUCAAGAUUGACUUGGACAAAACAGCAAGGCAUCUGUAUAUUUGUGAAUUCCAUAAGAGCACAAUUCAGAGUUUAAGAAACAAAAGGAAAAGGAAAGGCAGUGAUGAUGACGGUGGUGAUUCCCCAAUCCACGACACUGAUAUACCUGAGGUGGACCUAUUCCAGCUGCAAGUAAACACCCUAAGAAGGUAUAAGAGGCAUUUCAAACUGCAAGCAAGACCUGGACUGAAUAAAGCACAGCUUGUUGAAAUAAUUGGCUGCCAUUUCAGGUCACUCCCAGUGAAUGAAAAGGACACCUUAACGUAUUUCAUCUGCUCUGUGAAGAAUGACAAAAGCAAGACAGAUCACAAAUCUGAUGGUGGGCUUCAUUAGAGUUCAUCCAUGCUGUACAUUUUUGGACUUUACAAAAAAAAAAAGUGCUUGUAAAUAAAACUAGAUGUUAUUUUAGUACUUGAUGUGGGACCUGUAUUGGUUGAAGUACAGCAAAUUCACUUUUCUUUCCUGAAAUGUAAAUUUUAGAAGGAUAUUUCUGUUGUUCCUAUCUAUAUAUGGUUUAUGGAAUGAACAGUUCAUGUCUAGGAACAUUCCGAGCACCAUAAUCACCUCAGGCUGCUAUAGUUAUGUCAGUGGUGCUGUAGAGCACACGUCCCUAGCCCCCGGGCCACAGACCGGCGCUGGACCGCAGAAGCUUUCACUCAAACUAUACUGUGGGAUGAAAGCUUUUGCGGACAGUCAAUAAAUUGCAGCGAGAUAUUUCCCCAGUGCUAUGAUCUUAUGAUCAGAGCACCGGUAAAUGUGCCUCCCUCUCCCUUACUGAAUCUGCAGGACCAGAGGGGAGAUCAGAGAUCUCCCUCUCCGGCCCGCUUGCAGUGUACUGCUGGCAGGAGAGGGAGAGAGGACCUGGGGGAGCUCUAACCUGCAGCUCCGCCGGGUUCUCUCUCGCGUGCUCGGAGCGCUGCCACGGUUACCACGGCAAUGCUUGGAAUCUCGCGAGAGUGAAAUCUAGCAGCCUCAGAGGCUCAUUCUCACGACCUGGACCACCAGGGCUUCCCCACUGGACCAUCAGGGAUUGCAGGAAAUGUCCUUCCUCCCAUGCAAAGGUAAGCAGGUAGGGGGGAUAUCAAGAUUACCAUUUUUCUUUUAAUUAUAAAAAUAUAUAUUUAUUAAUCUAUCCUCCAUCCCCACAGACCCACAAUAAUUUUCCCUUAUACACACACACACUGCAUCCCUCACACAUACCAUUGGGUUUUAUUUCUGGCUGAUGCCGGUCCGAGAAAUAUUUAUCCUCAUUUUGCCAGUCUCCGGGUGCUAAAGGUUGCAGAACAUUGCUGUAGAGCAUAUCUGAUAAGCAGUCAAACUGUUUUAGUAUGGCUCGACAACUUAUCUGGGUCUCGUCACGUGCCCACAGCCGCAGUCCCUGCUUCCAGUCUUCUGCAGGAGAAUACAGUAAGCAUGACAUAACUAAGCAAGGCCAUGCAGGGCCGCUUUCACUGGCUUAAACAGCUCAACUGAUGCUCUGCGCCAAUACCUGUGCUUACCUCUGUAAAACAAACUGGAUACUUCUAGAGGAGAAGACUGGAAGUAGAGGGCUGCGGCCGUGGGCCCUAGCAGGACCCAGAUAAGUUGUUAAACCGUACUAAAAUGGUUUGACUUCAUACCACUGGACAGCGCCAGAGCUCUUGUGACACCACAACCGCUACAACGGAUUUGAGUGGUUAUGGUGCUUGGAGCGUUCCUAUAUCUGAAGCAAUGACUAGUGUGAAUAAUUAAGUUAAAAACAUUUAACAGAACUUACAUUAAAGAAUGUUGUAUAUUUUAAAUCAUAAUGUUUGUUUUUAAGAGACCAGUUCCGCUUUCAAACAUUGAUCUGGAAUAAUCUGAACCUUAUGUUGUGGACAAAGCAUUUCGCCAGUGUAAAUUAUAAGAUGUACAACUCUUUACAUCCGCUUGGUAUUAAUAAACCGAUGUGAGGAAUAUUUACUCA